AUGACCAUUCCAUCUGUGUCUCCGAUAUUGGGAAGUCAAGAGGACUCUGAAAGAUUUGUGGACACUGAUGUAUCCCUUAAUCAAAGGUAUUUUAAUAGCCAUAUUUGACAAUUCAUGAAUUCAAAGGGUUGCAUUACUAGUGACACAAUCAUGAUAGUAACAUUGCUUUCUCAUGUCUUGAGGAAAAAGUGGGGGUGGGGGUGGGGGCUGAAAUAAAAAUAAAUGCCAUAAAAGCACUAGUUGAUAAAGUAAGAGCAAUAAUUAAGGUAAGGGAAAAAAGUGGGCGAAGGGGCAAUGCCCCUCCUCUUCCCCCUCUGCUCAACAGUACCUGGUAUAGGUUUUAUUCCACAACCCACAGAAAUCAGUUUCUCACAUGUACUGUCUGUAUAAUACUUAUAGUAAAACUUAUUUUUAUUAAAUACAGCUCAUCUAUUGACCUGUGUAAAGGCAAUACAUCUAUGUUUACCGAUGACGAGGGAGAAAUUACUGAUGACAACAGUUCAGAGGAAGAUAUCAGGUAUGUUUUUAGUUCAAUACCCUCAGAAGUUACAUUUAUUAUGGUAUAAUUAAGGUAACAUAUGAUGUUUGUUUGGGAUGUUACUCUGAUUGUAUAUCCCCACUGGGUAAGCCUGAAAAAUAUGCCUGGCCACAGUGGAAAGCAAACCUACAACCUGUGGAAUACUAGCCCAAUGCUCUGCCAACUGAUCUAUGUGGUCAGGUUGGUUCGGGUAUGUCAUAUUUUGAGAUUCAAUUCCGAGUAACAUCACAAACUUUAUAUACACCUGAGUACAUAACACCAACACAGAAAAAAUAAAUGUAACAUAUAUUUUUACAGCUUACAUGACCUUACAAAGUCAAUUCUGGAAGAAUUGAAUGCUGUACAAGAGGACAUGACAAGACAAAGUGACUCUGUGUAAGUUGUUAUAUAUGUUUAAUUUAAUCUCCAUUCAAGGAUGCUACAGUAUGUAGUAAUAGAGUAUCUGUCAUAAUUAGUGGUUUUAACUCUAAAGAUAUGUUUCUGUAUAAAUUACUGCACCACAACAAUAAUUUUUGCAGUGUUAAAUCUAAAAUAUAUUUUAUUAAUAGUGUCAUGAAUGAAAUUAGUGAUGAUGAAAGUGUUGGGCUAGAGGAUGACAUUUUUGAAAUGGUGACUGAAGAAGAUGCAGAACACGAGACAGAUGACAUGAACCUGCAACAACAGUCACAUUCCACCACUGAGUGUACUGACACCUUUGGACCGCAUUGCAGAUUCACCAGAGGGGAUGAGGUGUAUUCGAUGAAGAAGGAAUACAAAAUGGUAAAAGAAAAAAAAUUUGUAUGCUCUCUUGAUUUACUGCUUCAGAUCUUUCAGUCGCGAUGUCAGACACCUGGAUGCACAGCUGAAAGUCAAAUCCAGUAUCACUUCAUUGGUGUUACCGUGGUUAUCAACAGUGUUUGUUCAGAGGGGCAUAAAUAUAGAUUUGGUUCUUCACCUCAAGUGAAUGAUAUUUAUGCCAACAAUCUUCAAGCAGCAUUCAUUGCCAUCUCUGGCAAUCAAUUUUCUAAAAUUGAGCGGAUGGCAAAGUUUUUUAAUCUGGAGUUCCUGUCAAGUUCCACCUACUACAGAUUUCAAAGACUAUACCUUAUUCCAGAGAUAAAUGAGUGGUGGUCUGGCAUGAGGAAAGGAAUUCUUGUAGAGUUUGCUGACAAGGAGAUUGUUGUUGGUGGUGAUGGUCAAUGUGACUCACCAGGCUUCAAUGCCAAGAAUCUUUGUUACUUCUUCAUGGAGGAAAGUACAAAUCAUAUUCUUGACGUUGAAGUUUUGGACAAGAGACACGUUGGCCUUGUAUCCACCAACAUGGAGAAGGAAGCCGUACAGCGGUGUCUAGAUCGACUCACCAAGGAAGUAAAAGUUGGUGAGUUGGCGACUGAUGCAUCCACAACUGUAAAGGCAUUGCUGGGUAAGUUGAUAUUAUAAUGAUACUGUAGUUGUGUAUUUUUCUUUUUGAAAAUCAACAACAGUUAUAUGAACAAUGGAAUAAAACUGAUAUAUGAAUUAUUCAGUAUAUAAUUGUUGUACUUUCUCAUGUAGAAAAAUGUACUGAUCGCCAUGACAAUAAUCACUUUUGUAUUUUGGCAGGCACUAUUUUAGAUUUUAAUUAAUAUUGAAUUGCAACUGCAAUCCCCCCUUAAAUUUACCAAAUAUUGCCAAGUCGGACAAUUUUUAGUUCACCGCCGGGCAAAACAAUUUGGCAGUGGGGUUGUGUUGUUGGAGGUCACUAGACAUUGUGCAAAAGCGGCGCCUCCCCCCCCACCCCGUAAAGAUUUUGUUGACCGUACGCUUAUGACUAAAAAUAUGUUAAUUUAUUAUAUUUUCCAUUUCAGAAACACGAUAUGACAAUAUUGUACACAGUUUGGAUGUUUGGCACAAAGCAAAAAGCAUUAAAAAGUGUCUGACGAAG